AUGGCGGCAGCAUACGAACAUCUUCCCGAUGGUGCACACCAAGCCGGUGGUGGUGUCUCUGGCCGCGUGCACCGAGUGAGAGAUCUCAAGCCUCAUGUCCUUGAUCAUCUCAGAAAGGUCUACAGUGCCCACGGCAAGGACAGCUGGACCCCCGAACAGACGGCUGUUUUCCUGAAGACGGUUCAACACGAUACACCCUCGGAACUUGCCCUGGAACUGGCUGACGAUAAGGACUGGGAGUUGGGCACUUUUCUCAAGUACAUGACUUCAGAAGUGACCAGUGCCGUUGCACCCCCUGAGGAAGUCGACCUUUCUUGGCCCCUAUCUGCCUACUUCAUCAGCUCCAGCCACAACACCUACUUGACCGGAAACCAGCUGUCGAGUGACUCCAGCGCCGAUGCCUACAGGAACGUUUUGAAGAGAGGUUGCAGAUGCAUCGAGGUGGAUGUCUGGGAUGGAGAUGAGCCGGAUUCCGACAGCGAUACCAGCAUCAGUAGCAGUGACGAGGAAGGGGUCACGUCCAAGUCCAAGAAGAGACUGAGCUCGGUCAAGGACAAGCUUCCUAGCUCCCUGACGAGCAAGUUGGAAAAGACGUCUUUGGGUUCCAGCACAGACUCAGGCGCGCCCCUGACCAGGUCAACCUCGACCUCUUCCGGCCCAGCAGGCCCAACCAUCCACCGCGCCCUCUCCCUCAAGGAACCUCGUGUUUACCACGGCUACACCCUCACCAAAGAAGUCUCCUUCCGCGAAGUCUGCCUCGCAAUCCGCGAAACAGCCUUCGAAACAACCGACUCCCCCCUCAUCGUCUCCCUCGAGGUCCACUGCAGCCCCGAACAGCAACUCACCAUGGUAGCCAUCAUGACCGAAACCUGGGGCGACCUCCUCCUCCCCGAACCAAAAGAAGACGCCACAUACCUCCCCGCCCCCGGCGACUUGAAGGGUAAAAUCCUCGUCAAGGUCAAAUACACCCCUCCCCCAUCCGCCUCCUCCACCUCCCCCUCCGGCAGCGACACCCCCCCCGAAAACAUCGACCUCUCCACCACCAAACCAAAAAAACCCUCCAAGAUCAUCCACGCCCUCUCAAAACUGGGCAUCUACACCCGCGGCGUCUCCUUCAAAUCUCUAACCCAACCGGAAGCCUCAAUGCCGACCCACAUCUUCUCCCUCUCCGAGUCCGGCGUCUCCGAAGUCCACGCCAAAUCAGCCCAGGACCUGUUUGAGCACAACCGCCGCUACCUCAUGCGGGCUUACCCAUCAGGGUUAAGGAUCCGAUCGUCAAACCUCGACCCAGCAGUCUUUUGGCGCAAAGGGAUCCAAGUCGUCGCACUAAACUGGCAAAACUGGGACGAAGGCAUGAUGCUAAACGAGGGGAUGUUUGCAGGCACAAACGGCUAUGUUCUCAAGCCAGAAGGCUACCGCCCCCACAAACCCCUCCCCCCAACCCCUCCCUCCGCCGGUACCGCCCCCCAAGCAAACGCGGUGACGCACUACACAAUGGACCUCGCCAUCGCCGUCCUCGCGGCGCAGGACAUACCCCUCCCCCUGGGCGACACCAAACCCUCGGGCUUCCGCCCUUACCUCAAGGUCGAGAUCCACGUCGAGGAGCCCGGCGAGCGGCACGGCACAACCGCCGCCGCUUCUUCCUCGAUCCCCGACGACGGCAAGGAAAAGGAGGGCGAGUACAAGGCAAAGACCAAGUCCCUCAAGGGCACCGUCGACCCUGACUGGAAAGGGCAAGAACUGGUCUUCAAGGGCAUCCCCGGCGUGGUGCCAGAGCUGAGCUUUGUCAGGUUCUUGGUGAGGGAUGACGAAAUUGGAAAGGACAGCUUGGCCGCGUGGGCGUGCGUGAGGUUGGAUAGGUUGAGGGAGGGGUAUAGGUUUGUGCAUCUGAUGGAUGGGAGGGGGGUCGAGACGGAGGGGGUGGUUUUGGUCAAGGUGGAGAGGAGGCUGUACUAG